ACGCGACGGGAGAGAAGGAGCCCGACGUGGAUCGAGCCGUCCAGACCACGAGGCGCCAACGGCCGGAGCCUGCCCGCUUCGUGGACGCUCCGGGACAUGGAGCCCAACAGUCCCCGCAAGAUCCAGUUCACGGUGCCGCUGCUGGAGCCACAUCUCGACCCGGAGGCGGCGGAGCAGAUCCGAAGACGUCGCCCAACACCCGCUACCUUGGUCCUGAGCAGUGACCAGUCAUCACCAGAAAUUGAUGAAGACCAUCUCCCCAACCCUCUGUUGAAGCCAGGGCUAUCAAUGUCACCAAGGCAGAGGAAGAAGGUUUCUCGCACCACCCCCACCAUGAAAGAGCUCCAGAUGAUGGUUGAGCACCACCUCUGCAAGCAGCAGGCAGAUGAGGAUGAUGGCAGCACUGGGAACCAGGAACAGCACAGCCCAAGCUGCUGCCCUCACACUGGCUCAGAACCUGGACACAGUCCCGGGAGUUGCCCUUUGGCCCAAGCCCACACUCAGCUGGAGUCCCAGCAGAAUGAACACGCUGCCCUGGAGGAACAAGGAAGCGUCACCGGAGCCUGCUGCACAGACAGUCUUGUGAACGCGAGGCCAGAUUUGUCUUCAGAGAAGCAAGGCGUCCAUAUACCACCGGAGGACCCUGCAGGGAAGGAGAAGCUGGCCAAGGAGUGAUUCUCUACUUCAGGCAUGGAAGCGCAGACGGGGCUUGUGCCUACCAGAUGGAAUACCACACGAUUGUUUUCUUUCUUUUUAAAUGAUUGUGUUUUUUUAAGGUUUCAUUUGGCUGUUCAAAUGUUGGUAAUGUUUUUCUUCAUUUUUGCUUUUUUGGCCCAAGGCCAAUGGUGAGGGUGGGUGGGUGGAUCUAUUCAAUGUUGAUUUUGGCAUUAGGUCGCAGAGAGCACUGAAAAGUUUUUCUCGGAGCUGAAGAACCCUCUUUUUACACCGGCCUCAUUCUCCCAGACAGAUAAAGCUGUUAAGCCAUGAGCGCUCUCCCACUUUAGACUGCAGGUGGCAGUUCGUAUAACUGAAGACCAUGCAAAAUAAUUAUUUUCCUAUAAAAUAAUUCUAGAAAGUUAGCUUUUUCUCUGUGUGCAGUGUUCCUCCCCAAACAGUUUCUUUUUUCAUGUGCUGUGGGAGAGAUCUGAGCCACGGAUGAGAAGCUAUUCUGCAUUAGUGUUUUCAUAGCCUUCAGCUGCAUCCUGAACUUUCUGUUGCUCCCGCCUAUAACCAUGGCAUAGUAUAUGCUGGAAGAACCCACAGCUCUUCCUAGCAUGCUCCAGAAAGGAAGGAAUUGGUCCCCAAAUAGGGGAGUCCUUUCUGCUUUUUUUCAAGAGUAAGCCCCCAUUAGUAAUUAUGAUUACUCUUCAGGUCUCACUUUUCUCAGUUGUGUAGUACAGGAAGCAUCUUCGGUCGUCUCCCUUCCCAAAACUUAACUGCCCAUUAGGUGAGGGGAGUCCAGGCAAAUGGCAGGCUCUUCCCAUCCUUUCUGAUACCCCCCAGCCCCCUCUUCCACAUCUGGCUGAGCUGCCCUAACUUUGGGAAUAGUGCCAUACAGCAGUGCCUUCCGAGAGGUGAGCAAUGACUUUCCUCCCUUGACAACCACCAACAGGCCUAAUUUGUGUGUGCAUAACCUCCAAUAGUCGCCACACAUGAAGAACAGGUAAGCUUGUUUUGGGCGCAACAAGAGCAAGCUCUGUUAAAACUGUAACAGCUGCCUAAAAUGGCAGUCUCUCUUUCCUUUUCCUGCUAGACACACUGUCGGUAUUUUCGGGGCUGGCCCUCCCAUUAAAUACACGGAGGCAGUCCCCUCAAGGAGCAGAAGUUGGGAGGGAGUGGCAGCAACCCCUGGAGGCUUGUGGGCCACGUGGCUGCUCCUCUGCCCACUAAGCAAGCCUUCAGUUGUGGUGGAGGAGCGAUGUGACUGCCCCCCAGUCUGCUUUUGUAUGAGGAGUGGGAAGGGUAUCCCCUUGUUCUUCACCCCAGGCAGCAAAAUGUCCCCAGCCAUUUAUUUGUUUUAAAGGUUUCUCUUACACCGGGGUGGGCAACGUGUGCUCUCCAAAUGUUAUGGUCUACAGCUACCAUCAGCUCUCACCACUGGCUAUGCUAGCUAGGGCCAAUGGGAGUUUUCAGCCAAACCACUGGGCAGGCAAAAAACAGAGAAUUAAUGCAGUGCGGCUUAGGUGUGGCGUUAAACAGAGUUGGUCAGUGGCUCCCUUGGUUGUGGCCCUGGCACUUCCCCACCGUUAGCCCACCUCAACUAAAACAGGUAGUUACAACCUGGCUACAUAUAUGAGAGAGAUCAGAGAUCCAACAACUAGGAUUUGCUGUCCAUUUUGCAUCCUCAAGCUCUGUCCACAGUUUUCUAUCUCUAGCUCACCAUUCUGGAGUCUGCCCCACCCUGCCCCAACAUGCAGGUUAAUCCUGCUUCUUUUAUUAAGCUGGUUGUCUUAAUUUGGCAUGUUCCCAAAUCAGUGGUGGUUUGUGUAGUGUUGAAGGCGGUGUAUGGACAAUGCAGCAGUCCAAAAGGCUGUCAAGGGUGAACCUCUUUUCCUUGGUCUACAACGCUGCCUCCACUCUGAUCUAUAACAGCAGAAACCAGCAUCUGUCUCAAAUGUUAGGAAGUAAACCACGGAGGCUGCUUAUUUCUAAGCAAAGCCAAUAUGAGCGCAAAGUCUUCUGAAAUUAAAGAAUCACCUAACAACAAAGGGCUGGUGAGUGUUCCAGCUUCAUAGGAUAGCUCUCUUGGUGAUGAGGCUUCUGCAAUUGACAGAUUUCUGUUGCUGGAAAUAGAUUACAAUUGCAGGUUGACAGCUUGAAGCUGCAUGUUUCCUGGGCAUUUUCAAAUGCAAUUAUAUGGUUACCAAGGCUGCAGUCCUGUGCACGUUUACCUGUGAGAGAGAGAGACCCACUAAAGACAGUCAAAAUUACUUCCAAGGAAGCACAUAUAAGAUUGAGCUGUAAGACCUGUAGCUUGCAUAUCAGCUUUCCCCUGCCUAACGCCUCCAUCCCAGGUGAAGGGUUGGACUUCAGCUCCCAUUAGCCCUGGCCAGUAGGGUAAGUGGUCAGGAAUCCCAAACCUGGAAGGCACCAGUUUGAGAAAAGUUCUUCUUCUGUGGAAGUAGCAUUAGUAUAACUUCAGAAUCAUUGCUGAUCCCCUAAAGCAGAGCUGGAGAGUCUGUAGAUGUUGUUGAACUAUCUCACAUGCACACACACCCUGUGUCAUUUGCCAUCUUAGCUGGGGCUGAUGGCAGUUGUAGUGCAACAACAGCUGGAUUGACACAGGUUGCCCAACCUUGCCCUCGUAAUUUACAGUUUUAUGAAAUGGUUACUAGAAAUUUCUCUCCCUGUCCCAGAGAAGGUUGAGGAAUGGAAACUAUUGCAGUUAAUACCACUUUUAACCUAUCUCUAAGUUGCAAUCCUAUACAUGUUUAAAUGGGGAGAAACCUCCCUGCAUCCCCUAGCCAUCAUUGUUUGUUUGUUUCAUCAUGAACAGGUUUGGGCCUCUAGUGCAUUUUUACAUUGAUAGAGGGCUGGGCAAGCCUUGGUCCUCCAGAGGCUGGGUAACCACAGCUGCAAUAUGCUCUUCUCACUGGCUAUGCUGGGUCGAGUGGAUGGGAUGCGUAGCCCACUAACAACUGUGGGGGGGGGGGGGCACAGAUUCCCCACUCCUCCGGUUAAACAUUUAAAUUGCAUUUGGCUUAAAGUACUUGGUUGAAGUGGUUAAAUGCAAGGACAAUAUUACCCUGGUUAUUUUGUUUCUGUAAGAAUUUACAGCAUUCAUGCUUGGUGCAAAUAAGUGGUGUAGUAGGUAGUGGCUUGUUUGGAAACUGUGUUCAGCAAACACAAAGGUACAGGGGAAUGUCCAAGGCAAGCAAAACCAAAGAAGAAGUUGGGGAGCAACCUAGGCAUUGGUGCAGUGCAGUGCAGAUCCCCAAUCCCAAUGCGCCUCCCCCUUUCCCUUGGGUUUGCUUCCCAGUGAACAUUGUCAGGCUCACUGGUGCUUCGGAGGCCUACUGGAAUACGUGUACCAUAUUGCUCGGCUUCACUGGCCAAACUGGCCCUGGAGAUUCAGCUAUAUAGUGAUGCCUGCCUCUGCAUUCACAGGGAAUCAAGACCACUGUUAGAUUUCAGUUUGGUACAUGAAGUUCAAAUGGUGUCACAUUAAUCCUCUCCUUUGUGACAGGAGUGUGUGCUUGCAGCUUUAUUGAAAUCUCCAUGGAGGAUUAAAAAUAAACCUGCCGGAAAUUGGUUUCCUGGUCCUAAGCAGCACGAAAAGAGGCAGCAGCAUGUCACUGUACCUUUUGCACCAAAUAGAAUGUGGUGGAGGUGGGAAGUUAUUUUGUGUCAACAAGAAGCUUCAGGAGAGGCCUGCGCUUUCAUCUCAUAACUGUGGACACUCCCUUCAGAGUCUGGAAAUGAUGGAUCUAUUCCCCCAUCCUUGCAUAAGCUUUAUCAAGUCUCUGUUCUUCUCUCCACAAAUACUAUUGCCACUGCAGUUGCCUGCUCCCCUUGGCCACUGUCACAUUAAGAAUAAACCUGGCCAGCUGUUUGCUAGGAAUAUCACAGUGAGCUUGGGGUGGCUAUUAACUGUGAAGACAGGAGAUGGGCCGUGUAUCAGCAGUUGUUCCCAGAAACACCCCCUCCACUGUCCCAUUCCAGCCACAAGGCACAGCAGUUGGGGUUUUAAAACUCCUUUCUUCCUUUCCCCACCUAUCUCUGCUCAUGCUUACCACUGCCUCUUGCAAGCAGGGUUGCUUGCAGAAUUCAAUAUUUGUGGAUUCGGGUAUGUACAGCUUGGACACAAAAAUUGGAAUGCAGCUGUCGAUCAGAUUUCUCACUCCGACAAACCUUGAGAUAUCAUCUGUUUAAAAGUGCAUCUUUUGAAGAAAAAAAUACAUUCAAAAUAUGUCUCUAA